AGUAAACGCGGCCAUGGAUAACAAUAUUGGUGACGAGUAUCAGAAUUACUGGGAGACUCAAAAGUUCAUCUUCCAAACAGAGGAGCUUGACAGCUGGGGUUUGGAGGAGGCUAUCACCGCCAGCGGCGGUUACUACGAAUCCAGCUCGCCGGACGGAACCCAAUCGCCCUCUAUCGGUGGCGCUGCCAACUCGAAAAACAUCGAGUCGGAAAGGAAACGGAGAAAGAAACUCAGCGAGCGUCUCUACGCCUUGAGGGAAGUUGUACCCAACAUUACCAAGAUGGAUAGGGCGUCGAUAGUAAGAGACGCGAUUAAAUACAUUGAGGAGUUACAGAAUCAAGAGAAGAGGAUUCGAGCGGAGAUUGCAGAUCUAGAGACGAAGAAAUCGACGAUAAUUAAGAAGAGCAAUAGCUAUGAAUUUGAUCAAGAAAUGCCCACAUAUUCUAUAUCAAAUAAUAAUUAUAAGAAGAAGAGGAAUAAAAGAAUUGAUCAAACCAAUGAUUAUUCCUCUAAUUCUGGAACAACGUCUAUUAUUAAUAGACCUUCAUUCCCAAUUGACGUUAUUGAGUUAAGGGUGUCGUAUAUGGGGGAGAAGACGGCGGUUGUUAGCCUAACGUGCACCAAAAGAGCAGACACAAUGGUGAAGAUUUGCGAGGUGUUCGAAUCUUUAAAGCUCAAAGUUAUCACUGCCAAUGUAACUGCUUUCUCCGGCAGACUAUUCAAGACCGUCUUUAUCCAGUCCGAAGAAGAAGAGGAGUAUUUGAAGGGUAAGAUUGAGACAGCCAUUGCAGCUCUUAAUGAUCCAGACAGCCCAAUGAGCAUCUGAUCAAGACAACCGUUGGAUCAUGACCUACCUGCCUAAACCAACACACCAGAUUUCUCCAAUUAAUCCAGUCUCGUUUGAUUUUCUAAAAUUUAGCUACACUUUCUUUCUACUUAAACUCUUCUAAUUUCUUUGUGGUUGCAUCUUUUGAGGAAACAUGUUUUAUAACAUUGUAUCAUUUGCAAACAACUGUCAGUUGUUGUUGUUGCC